AUGACAUCUACCAAAGUUAUGGACAUUCCAAACGAAAAGGCAACGAUUCAUGCCACAGUCCACCCGUGCACCACGAGCAAGCAGGAUGCCCCGUUGGUCGAGUCCAUCAUUCUCCUUCACGGCGGCCCACCAGGCGUCCCAGAACCCUUUUCCGAGCUUGCUGCCAUCUUGACGGCAAAGUUCCAAGUUAUCUACUUUCAACAAGUGGUGUACAGUGUCUAUCUAUUCUAUAGUGUUCUAUUAUUCCGUUUCAUUCUUGACUCGUCGUACCUUCUCUAUUAUUGUGGUGAGUCGCAGCCAUCCGAAGUAUCUUUUUUUUGCGGUUCCUCCUUCUUUUCUGGGAGUUCCUUCUUUUCUGGGAGUUCCUUGUAA